AACCCAAUAGAUAUAAUGAACAGUUCAGUAAUGGUGACCAAAGGAGGCGGCUGUGGCGGUGGAAGUGGUAGAAGGCGAAGAGCUAAGAGCUGCGAAGAUGCAGAAGAAGAGCAGAACAAGAUUUCCGUCGCUGCGUUGCUUUUAUCCGCUUUAAGGAAAUCCAUGGUGUCUUGUCGUGUUGAUAGGGAAGAUGAAGCGAUGUCCUCCUCCGUCGUUCAUCACACGGAAAUUGGGUGGCCAACGAACGUUCGACACGUAAGCCAUGUGACAUUUGAUCGGUUCAAUGGGUUCUUGGGCCUUCCCGUUGAAUUCCAAGUUGAGGUACCCGGUCGGGUUCCAAGUGCGAGUGCGACUGUAUUCGGGAUCUCAGCCGAGUCAAUGCAAUGCUCAUUGGAUUCAAAAGGGAAUAGCGUUCCCACUAUACUGUUGCUGAUGCAGGAGCGGCUUUAUUCACAAGGAGGGCUUAAGGCAGAAGGGAUUUUCAGGAUAAAUCCUGAGAAUGGCCAAGAGGAGUUUGUAAGAGAUCAGCUGAACUGGGGCAUCGUGCCGGAUGACAUCAAUGUCCACUGCCUUGCAGGCCUUAUAAAAGCCUGGCUUAGGGAGCUUCCUUCAGGGGUGUUGGAUGGACUUUCCCCGGAACAAGUUCUCGGUUGCGAUAACGAAGAUAAAUAUGUCGAACUAGUGAAGCAACUAAAGCCGAUGGAAGCCGGACUGCUCGAUUGGGCGGUUGAUCUUAUGACGGAUGUUGUUGAAGAAGAGGAAUCGAACAAGAUGAAUGCAAGGAAUAUUGCUACGGUUUUUGCUCCAAAUAUGACUCAGGUGUCUGAUCCAUUGACGGCUCUGAUGCAUGCUGUUCAAGUUAUGAACUUACUCCAGACCUUGAUCAUGAAAACACUACGGGAGCGUGAAGAGACUGCAAGUUUAUCGUAUGCAUUUGAUGGCCCUACGGAUGAUGAGUUUGAUUGUCGUAGUCUGCAAGAGAUGGAUACGAGCUGUGAAGAGAUAUCAGAUUACAGUAAUUCCCUUUAUGCUAACUCUAGCGGAGACGACAAUGAAUAUGAAGACGAAAAUGAAAUUGAGCCAUUAGGUGAAAUAGCGGUGCACUUCUUGAGGCAACUGGAAGACGAGAAUUCGAGCGUGAAUAGGAGUUACAGAGAGAGCAUUGAUGAUAUGGAGAUGACAUAGGAAGUAGUGGAACCUACAACACUCCAAUGGGGACUGCAGGUUGACUAUGUUUAGAACAAUAUCGACGUCUCUUCCAUUACGCUGUUUCUUUGGUAAACCGAUAAAGUUGGAUGGGGUUUCGGUUGGAAGUCUGAUAGGGGAAGGCAUUAGAUUUUGUAUGCUUGAAUCACUGAUUCAGCAAGGGCUGAACUUGUGUGUGCGUGUGUUGUUUUUGGCAUGUGUUCUUUCAGGUCCCGAAAUUAGGGGUAAAAUUGGGGCCGAUGUUACUGUUAAGUCUCUUAGAUGCAUGAAGGCAGAUGUGCAAA